AGAUGGCGGCAAGCGCAUUUCCGGCGUGUGUCCUUUCGGCUGCGUCCGGGCGGCUGCUGCAGGUGCCACCCAGCGGGUUCCGGCCCCUUUGCAGCAUACACUACAACGGUGAUGGCGGGCAGACGGCCCGGCUGGAGCCGGGCAGCACUUGUGCAGCUCCUUCUUGGCGUGAACCUUAUGGUGAUGCCACCCAUCCAGGCCCGCAGUCUGCGCUUCGUAACCUUGCUGUACCGACAUGGGGACCGUUCACCAGUGAAGACAUAUCCCAAGGACCCCUAUCAGGAAGAAGAUUGGCCCCAGGGGUUUGGUCAGUUAACCAAGGAGGGGAUGCUACAGCACUGGGAGCUAGGCCAGGCUCUGCGACAGCGCUACCAUGGCUUUCUAAACACCUCUUACCACCGGCAAGAGGUUUACGUGCGAAGCACAGACUUUGACCGUACUCUCAUGAGUGCUGAGGCCAACCUGGCUGGACUCUUCCCUCCUGGCGGGAUGCAGCGCUUCAACCCAAACAUCUCAUGGCAGCCUAUCCCUGUGCACACUGUGCCCAUUACUGAGGACAGGCUGCUGAAGUUCCCAUUAGGCCCAUGUCCCCGUUAUGAGCAGCUGCAGAAUGAGACCCGGCGGACACCAGAGUAUCAGAACGAGAGCAUUCAGAAUGCACAAUUUCUGGACAUGGUGGCCAAUGAGACAGGGCUUACAGAUCUGACGCUGGAGACUGUUUGGAAUGUCUAUGACACGCUCUUCUGUGAGCAAACACAUGGGCUGGUCCUGCCGCCCUGGGCUUCACCCCAAACCAUGCAGCGUCUGAGCCGGCUAAAGGACUUCAGCUUCCGCUUUCUCUUCGGGAUCUACGAGCAGGCAGAGAAGGCCCGGCUUCAGGGGGGAGUCCUGCUGGCUCAGAUACGGAAGAACCUGACUCUAACGGCAACCACCUCCCAACUCCCUAAGCUGUUGGUUUACUCUGCGCACGACACUACCCUGGUUGCUCUGCAAAUGGCACUGGAUGUCUACAAUGGUGAACAAGCCCCCUAUGCCUCCUGCCACAUAUUUGAACUGUACCAGGAAGAUAAUGGGAACUUCUCAGUGGAGAUGUACUUUCGGAACGAGAGUGGCAAGGGCCCCUGGCCGCUGAUCCUGCCUGGCUGCCCUCACCGCUGCCCACUGCAGGACUUCCUUCGCCUCACAGAGGCUGUCGUGCCCAAGGAUUGGCAGCAGGAGUGCCAGCUGGCAAGCGGUCCUGCAGACACAGAAGUGAUCGUGGCCUUGGCUGUAUGUGGCUCCAUCCUCUUCCUUCUCAUAGUGCUGCUCCUCACCAUCCUCUUCCGGAUGCAGGCCCAGCCUCCCGGCUACCGCCACGUCGCAGACGGGGAGGACCAUGCCUGACAACCACUCAGCCCGCUUCCCUCUGCCUCCUAGGGGAGGUGGGCUGGGCCCUUGCUCCUGACUGUUGCUGCUCGUCAGCCAUGGACAGGAGACCCCAGGUUGGGCCUCCCUCUCAUCACCCCAGCCAUAUGAGCAAGUGGGGCUUGACUUGGCCAUGGCACCUGCUACUCAGCAUUCACUCGCCUGAUGUUUACCAAGUACUGUGUUGGACAUUGGCUUUCUCCAAACAGGAUUUGCCUCCUCCACGCUCCCUAAGCACCUGAGAUGUAAACAGGUAUUCGGUUUUCACUCAGGACCUGGGAUAAAGAAACUGACGGAAUGGUGCCU